GUUCCGGAGUAGAUGGCAUGUCUUUACCCAGACUGGAGAGGGGAUUAGUCGAGGUGGGCGUAAGCGAAACCGCUGAUCGUUAAAAAAAAAAUGUUACAACUUGCCUUUAAGACAAGGACAGGAUCUGCUGUGGCAUAGAAAUGAGUUAAAGCUACCAAAAACGUCAGUAAUUCACCUGUUUGGAAUAGGAAAGAACUGUUUCUGGAUCCCACCCAUCAUAGCUUUAAGCCAGGAUGUCAGUAUAGUAUACAUGCUUUGCUGCUUUGUAGUUCAGCCCUCUUUUUGGCUGCCAAUAAUAACAAGCAGCCAAGCAUUAUAUGAACUGCUAUCGAAUUUAAACCACUGCCAAUUUAUUAUGAAUUGCUAUCGAAUUUAAACCACCGCCAAUUUAUUUUUUCUCAGAAAACUCUCAAGCUCAUAUAAGCAGAAUUCAUGCUUCUCUACAGAAAUAAAAGAAAACAGUGGCACAAAAAGAUCCUUGAACAAUUGUCUUGUCUAUAUCUUAAAAACCGUUCAUCUGAUUAACCGGCUUUGUGCAAAAUCUGCAGAGCCCUCCUCCAUAAGUCGAAAUACACUACUACAGUCAAAGCAAAACAAAUAGCACUGCAAAACAGGACGGUUUAUUCAUUCUUUCGCAAGCAUCGGUGUCCAUUUUAUCCACUUCUUUUCUCAACAAGGUAAACAAACGGCUUCCAACUAUUGACCGGACAUAGUCAACCAGAGAAGAGUCAGAAGACCAAAUAAAAACUAACAACAGAAUGACGGGCGGGUGAAUGUAGAUUAAAACUGCGCCGGAGAGUGUGCAAUGUGCAAAGAAGCAUGUGCAACGGUACAAAAAGCAUGGAGAUGUGUAUUGAAGUUAUAACGCUUUUGGUGCUAUGUGAUUCUUAUCCAACCUCGUUAGCAAUACAGUAACUUGAGAGAACAAAAUGUGGAGACUUAUUAGAAGGGAUUCGUGAAUUCGUCCCCAGGACUUACAUAUCAACAGCUCCAAAACACGAAAAUAACUGUUUUCUUAUUGGUUUUCUCUUCUCCCUAUACCAAUCCACAAAAGAGCAUAGCCACUAUGGUCUCCCUCACCAAUAGCUCAAAAUCCCAUAACACGUGAAGCUAUGAGAGUUGGAGCAUUUUUAAAGAACACCAAAAGGAAUACUCUCUCUCUCUCUCUCUCUCUCUCUCUCUCUCUCUCUCUCUCUCUCUCUCUCUCUCUCUCUCUCUCUCUCCAGCUUUCUGCAUUCUCGAGACAACAUACCCUUAUGUCCUGUACCGAAUGCCUGACACACAAACCAUUAAGUAUUCCAUGCCACAAAAGAAUAGACAUUCCUUUGCCAGAGCAUAAGCUACCAAUUUUCCCAACAGUUGCUCCCAAUAAUAUUAGCCUUACACAAAUGCAACCUCUGUUCAAUCUUCAUAUGCUGAGAUACUGUCAGUUCCUUGUUGGAUCAUGCUCCCCUGUUCUUCUAGAUUUAUAUGACUCUACAUCUUCCAUUUCAAGAUAAGUAAUUCACCCCCUUGUCCUUCCCAAAUUGGAUUAUUGUUAAACGUACACAAAUUGUUAAGGCAACCAUUUUCAUGGGGAAGAACGGAGGAAACUCGUGGUUGAAUGCGGUGAAAAAGGCUUUCAGGUCUCCCACUAAAGAAAAUGAGAAAAGGAGCAGCAGAAGGAGAGAAGAAAAUGAACAAGAAGAUGAAGAGAAGAAGAGGGGAAAGCGAAUGUGGAUUUUCCGGAAACCAUCUGGGCCUCAAGAAACAACGAUACAGCACAAUGAAGCAAAGAACUUCAGAACCAGUGCUAAUACUUCAAUGACUAUUUGUGCAGAAACUUUGCCUAAAAACCCUAUGCCUAGAGCUACUGAUGACCAACAAAGACGGGCAAUUGCAGUGGCUGGGACUCAAGCAGCGAUACAGCACAAUGAAGCAAAGAACUUCAGAACCAGUGCUAAUACUUCAAUGACUAAUGGUGCAGAAACUUUGCCUAAAAACCCUAGGCCUAGAGCUACUGAUGACCAGCAAAGACGGGCGAUUGCAGUUGCUGGGACUCAUGAAACAGCGAUACAGCACAAUGAAGCGAAGAACUUCAGAACCAGUGCUAAUACUUCAAUGACUAUUAGUGCAGAAACUUUGCCUAAAGCUACUGAUGACAAGCAAAGACGGGCGAUUGCAGUGGCUAUGGCAACCACAGCAGCUGCUGAGGCAGCGGUCGCAACAGCUCAAGCUGCCGUGGAGAUCAUUCGGCUAACCGGCCCUUCAAUUCUGGCCAGAAAACACUUUGCUGCUAUAGCUAUCCAAACAGCCUUCAGAGGGUACCUGGCAAGGAAAGCUCUGCGGGCUCUUAAAGGGGUGGUGAAGCUACAAGCCUUAGUAAGAGGGCACAAUGUCCGACGGCGAGCGAAAAAGACUCUCCAAUGCAUGCAAGCACUGGUUCGAGCGCAAGAUCGAGUGUGUGAGCAGCGCAAGAGGCUCUCGUAUGAAGGAAGCAUAGAUUCCGUGUUUAGUGACCCCAACAGCUUGUGGGGAUCCCACUUUGCAGACAGAAAAUCCAUGUCCGGAGAUAGUAGCUGUGCUCCAUAUUUGGUAGACGAGAUACAAGGCAUGCCACAGAAAACAAAGGAAACUGCACGUAAACGUGAAAAAUCCCUUUCCUAUGCCUUCUCAAACCAGAUGUGGAGAUCCGGUCAGAACUGGUUCAGAUGCAGUGAAGAAGAACAACUAGAAGAGAAGCAUAGAUUGUCAGACCAGUGGAUGACAAUGAAACAAUGGGAGAAGACAAGCAGAGCUUCAUCAAGUGAUCUAAGAGAGAUGAUUAAAACUGUCGAAGUCGACACCUCUAGGCCUUACUCCUACAUAAACCUUAAUUUUCAGAGAUCACAAAAUCAGAGUUACCACUACCACUCUGAUUCCUCACCUCUUCGCAGGACACGCGAAAACCUCGUCAUUAACUCACGCACCACUCCAUCCCCUUCCAAAUCAAAACCACUCCAAGUACACUCAGCUAGCCCGCGUUGCCCAAGAGAAGAGAGGGACAGCACAAAAGCUCAGACAUCCAACUUGCGAUCUGUUUGUUACAAUGGGACAGGUGCAAAUGCUGAUUCUGUGCCAAACUACAUGAAUGCCACUGAGUCAGCCAAGGCCAGGGCUCGGUCACAAAGUGCACCGAGGCAUAGGUCAGUGACCCCUGAGAAAGAGAAACUGUUUUCAGCCAAGAAACGGCUAUCCUUCCCCAUUCCAGAGCCUUAUAAUGGUGUUGGCACUAGUGAGGGUGGCUAUGAAUAUUACUUGAGGAGCCCAAAUUGUAAGAACAGAUAUAGGGAACACUCUGGGAUGGAGCAAAGGUCCACUACUUCCUCGGUCUACGACUAUUUGGGUGAUGAGGUUUCUUCACCUUCAAUCAGUGGUGGUAGGAGGUGGUUAAAAUGAGAUUAUCCAUUAAGAGGAACUGAUUUGCUCUGUGCUUGGAGAUCUACCAGUAUUGUACUAUUAGUGACGUGCAUUGAACAACCUUGUUGGGUUUUUCUACUAGAAGGGGCAAACUACCUUAACCUGUAUUUCAUUUCACUGACAUAAGCUAAUUCAUUGCCUCAGGGAAACGUAAAGUUUCACUUUUUAUUGUAUUUGCACUGAAUACUCUUUCUAAUCGAAUUCCUUCAGUUUUAUGAA